AUGACUCAUGUCUAUAAGGGCAACUUUCUGUCGUGGCACCGCUACUUCAUGUGGGCGUGGGAACAAACUCUGCGCAACGAAUGCGGGUACAAGGGCUAUCUCCCCUACUACAACUGGGCCUUGUGGGCUGAUAACCCUGCUGCUUCUCCUCUCCUCGAUGGCAGCGACACGAGCAUCUCUGGAGAUGGAGAGUACGUUCCGGGACGCAAUGUCAGCUGCGUGCCUAACCCAGGCCGAUGCUUUGUAGAAAUUCCUCCCGGUAACGGAGGUGGGUGCGUCGCUUCUGGACCCUUCAAGAACUGGAAGAUGCAUGUCGGACCUAUCUCGUCUCUUGACACUACUGUACAGCCAAAUCCAUCCCCUGAUGGUCUUGGCUACAACCCCAGGUGCAUCAAGCGAGACAUCAACACCCGCUCAUCAUCCGAGACCACCGAUGCCAACGUCGCCGGACUAAUCACAGGCAGUGCCAAUAUCUCCGCUUUCCAAAACACGCUUCAGAACCCUUCUCCAGGAAUACUCCGUGUUCAUCUUGGUGGUCAUCAAACAAUCGGCGGCGAUGCUGGUAGCGAUUUCUAUAACUCUCCGUCUGACCCGUACUUUUGGAACCACUACGCACAAAUUGACCGAAUUUGGUGGAUUUGGCAGAAUCAAAACUUGAAGGAGAGACGUUUUACUAUUGCUGGCACCCUUACGUUCCAGAAUGUCCCACCAACAAGAAAUGCGACGCUGGAUGAUGUUAUGACAUUUGGGGAGUAUCUGGGCUUCCCAAAUAUGACUAUUAAGGAGGCUUCGAGCACGCUUGCUGGACCCUUCUGUUAUAUCUAUGAGUAG